UCUUAUUUCAACUUUACAUACACAAUUGACAUCCCUCACUUUUCACCGUGUAUAUUUGGAUAAAAAAUUUUAAAAUUCCUUUUUCUUUAUAACGUAAAAUAUUCUGAAACACCAUUGUAACAGUGAUGAGAGUAAUAGAGGUAAAUUAGUUUAGGAUUAAUUGUUCUCCGAUGUCGGGGGAUCCAUUCGACUACAUAAGAUGGAGUGUAAGUCGAGCGAUAGUAAAAAAUUGUUCAAAGUAUUUGACGCGGCGAAGCACAAGAGGACUAGGAAAAAACGGGAUGGGCUCGACGAUUCCACCUCUGUUGUGACGGACGGCUCUGCUGGCGGCUGUCCACCAAACGUCGGUCGAGCACCAUCAAGGAAAGCUAGUUUACAAGAAGUGAACGCUGUGCAGAAUAUACCUGCACAGCACGAAGGCAAUACUUCAAAGAGGGACCGAGACAGCAGUCCUUCAAUAUCGCGGUCACCGGUCGAGGAACAGCAUCGGGAUUCCAGGUCGCCACGGCGCCACCAUCGCCGGUCGACAAGAGAUGGAGUCUCCUUGGCUUUGAAAGCGGGUAUGGUUUCAACUCCACGGUCCAUCUCACCGCCACAGGAGGGCGAUGGAGUCGGUGAAUCCAUACCACAAGACCAAGAUUCAUUUAUAUACGCGUUUCUAGAGGAAGCUAUCAAAAGGGAUAAAAAGAAACAAAGACACGCUCGUCGUCGGGAGCAGGAGAGACGAGUGAGCACCGAGGACUUACGCGAACGUUCUGCGCCGCGCGAUAGAGAGAGGGAGAGAGAGAGGGAUAGAGAGAGGGAGAGAGAGAGACAUCGGCACCAUCAUAAGGACCGGCACAGAGAGAGGGAUGAAAUGCCUAUCAGAGAGCAUAAGUCGGGCAGGUCGCCUAAAGUAGUGUCUCCGCGACAAGUAGGCUUAGACCAAAACAUGCUGCUGGAGACGUUUGCCAAGUUUUGUGCGCAAAUCAACGAUAAAAACAACACCAGCUAUUGUAGCCAGCCUGUGCCCCGAACUCAAAGCCACAAGUCCUUACAGUGUGAAGUCAUUGACAGGCGGGACACGUAUGAGGUGGAGCGUCAACCGGUGCGGUUGUGUCAAGGCAAAUCUAGAGAGUUUGUGGCCACGUCUAGAAUACGAAGCCAGGAGAACUUCUCCUGCAGGCUACGGAGUCAUGACAAGAUCACGGUAAUGUGUGACGAGCGCGGGAAGCCAGAAAAGUGCUUGUGUUACUACGAUAAAGAUAGUCCUAAAUACCCCAGCAAGUUGGAUGUCAGCAGAUCAAAAAUGCGUCCUGCAGAGGAUGAGAGAUACCGGGACUAUCCUCCGGUGACCGUGGCCACCAGAAGCUGUUUGGAUCCGUACAGGGGCCGGCCGCCAGACGGGCGGGACUACAGGGACUACGACAGGGACCUUAGAGGACGACAUUACGACGACGACAGAAGGAGAUACUUUGAACAGAAGACGAGCAGGAGCUUCGAUGUGCACAGAGAAGGGUACGAGGAAGACCGGAACUGUCGCAGGACAGCACGGAGCGACACGCUCAAGGACAGACGAUACGAAGACAGAGACAAGAGAUAUGAGGAAAUGGGGAAAUAUUACGACGACAAAGGGCCAGAGCUGCGGGAUCGGCAAAACAUGUCGAGUAAGGAUCGACGCUAUAGGAGGAACGUGGAGAGGUUCGAGAGAAACUCUGUUGCCUCCAGGGAGGAGGACUUCAGGGAGAGGGAUAGGGAUAGAGACAGGGAAAGGGACAGGUAUUCCGAGAGGGAGAGGGAUUCGGGACUGAGUGUGGCGGACGGCGAGACGGACACUAUGAGCGGGAGGAGCAACUGUCUGAAGGUUGUGAAGCAAGAGAUAGCGGAACAACGCGAGGCCAUGGACAAGAUGAUGAAGCUGUGGAAGGACCUCAUGCGUUGCUUCAAGGGGCUCUCACAGACUCAGGGUCAGGAUAAAAAUAUGCGAGAAUCAGCGGCGAACGUGAAGGAGUCGGCGGCGGCACAGUUACGGCUGUGGCGCGAGUGCAUGCGUCGGUACGAGACCGUCGCCAGGGAUGUCGGGGACACCGACGCUAGGCUCAUGGAGGAGAUCAAGAAGCAGCGCUCGGAGAUGGCGGAGAUGGCCAACAUGUGGCAGGAGUGCCUGCAGCGGUACCGAGACAUGAGCAACGACUUCAACAGCCUUAAGCAACAGUUGGUAACCCCGGAGAGUCCGACGCGGUUGCCGGCGGCGCCGCUAGCGUGUGCGGAGGGCGAGGGCACCGCGCCCGCGCCCCCCUACAGGCUGCCUCCCACACAUUAUCCGCCGCACGUGCCCCCUCCCCCCGGGUACGGCGCGGGGUCCCCGCUGCGCGCGCGGCGGUCGGCGCCGCCCGCGCCGCCGGCGUGGUGGUGGUGCGCCGAGCCCCCGCCGCGCUCCCCGCGCCGCCGCUCCUCGCCCGACUCACGCACCAGUCGCGAGCGGGAACGUAGGCAUCGACAUAAGGACAGAGAUGAAUCGAGAUAUAAGGAGAAAACUACAAAACCUUCUGCUGCACGUUCGGAGCACAGGCACAGAAAAAGAUAACAUGUUCACUAGUAAAUUCCAGUAACGACAACAUUGCCACAACAUGUUCGCACGCACACGACAAAUUUACUAAAGUUUACAACUAAGAAAAAAUGUAUAAUUAAAGAAAAUUCGUGCGAUGUGUUCGCUUACCUUAAAUUACAUUGUUUUUUGACUUUUGAAGAAUGUGUCACGUAUCAUGUAUCAAGUGGUUUUUAACUGUUGUUGCAAGUAACACAAUUAAAUGGAUGAAAAGCC